UGGAAACCCACUCCAGUAUUCUUGCCUGGAAAAUUCCAGUGGACAGGGAGCCUGGUGAGUUACACCCCAUGGGGUCACAAAGAGACACGACCGAACACACACACAUUAGAGAUGAAGGAGACAUGGAGAAUGGAUCCAGAAAACUGGGAAUCAAAUAUGAGUUCAGAAGGUAGUAACAGAACUGACUGAGGAGUAGCAAUAAUCAAAGAUAUAAUAGAAGAAAAUUUACUAAUUUGAUGGAAAUUUUGAAUUUAAAAGUUAAUUUCAACUCUCAGAUUUAAAGGGUUAAUGAAAUACCAGGUAAAAAUAAAUGAAAAGACAACCAUAUUUAGACCUGUAUCACAAUGAAAGCUGAGUUUAAACAACUAAAAUAUGUGCUAAUAUAUUUAAGAUGUAUUUUUUUAAACCAGUUGCAGAGCAAGAUACAGAGUAUGGUUCUGAGAGCAGCAAAACCAUUUAUUGCAAAUAUAAGUUCCUAUAUAUCAAAAAGGAUGUGGAAGGAUACAUACCAAACUUUUUUAAAUGGUUAUCUUGGGAAUUCCCUGGCAGUCCAGUGGUUAGGAUUCCUCUCUCACUGCCGAGAGCCCAUGUUCAAUCCCUUAUCAGGGAACUAAGAUCUCACAAGCCGUGUGGUGUGGCCAAAUAAAUUAAUAAAUUAAAAAACAAGUAAUAAGCUACAUAUUCAAUAAAGUUAGAAAAUAAAAAUAGAAGGAAGAAAUAAAGAUAAAAUCAUAAAUUAAGGAAAAAGAAUAACACUUGGUAAAUCAAAGCACUCAUUCUUCAGAAAUAAAGUAGACAUUAUGUAAUAGACACAUUUCUGGCAAAAAUUUUUAAAAAUCCAAAAGACAUCCUAUCAGAUGCUUCAUAGGAAGAGCAAACUUAGCUCAUCAGAUUUCUGAUUUUUGUCCUAAAAUGUUUCUGUACCAGCCUUAUAUCUCAGUAAAUUAUACCACCAUCUAAGUCGAAACCCAGGAGUUAUCCUUGAUACCUCUCCCUCAGUAACCCCAUUCAAUCCAAUAUCAAGAUACAUCUUGUCUAUCUCUGUAGUGGACAUGUAUGGAGUUUAUAACUUCAGUAUUUUCCCCUUUUUUCUCUUAAAAACUGCCCCUUACUCACUGAUAGUACUUUCUCUUUUCCUUUUUAUAUUUUGUUUUUUCCUUUCCUUUCUCUUUUACUCCUUCCCUUUGCUCCUGUUUUUCUCUCCGGUGUACAGAUUUCAGGCAGUCAUACUGUUUGGUUCACAUUGUCAACAAGGCCUUUAUCGUUUUUCCUACAUUCCAGUUCCCACUCAUGUUCCUUCCCUCUUCAGAAGCCACUCUAAUGUGUUUGAUAUAUGUCCUUUGAAAAUACAUGUAUCUUUGAAUAAUAAUAAUAUUGUUUUGUGUAUCUAUGUAUUUUAAACAUACAUAUUUGAUAUUGUGUUCUAAAAAUCAUUGUUUCUUUUUCAUGUUUCUGUAAAUACUUCUAACUAUUGCAUGGUAUUGUCUUAAAUGACCUCAUACUCUUGGCCACUGGUCCUGGGCCAAGAUGGGCCAACCAGAGUCCCUACCCAGAACUUUUUUAACUGAAACUAAGAAAAAAAGAAAACCCCCUCCAGUGUGGAAGCCAUAAAAUGCAAAACACAGGAGCUGUCAGCAGCCAUGUGUCCUGCCAUGUGGAACCAGCUGGUCUGCAGUGAAAAGAAUGAAGCCGACAUGCAGAAAGCAGCAGAGAACCAUGUGUGAUCCGUACUGCAUCUCCUUUGCUGAUGUUGAAAAAGCUCAUAUCAACAUUCGAGAUUUUAUCCACCUCACACCAGUACUAACAAGUUCCCUUUUGAAUCAAAUAACAGGACGCAAUCUUUUCUUCAAAUGUGAACUCUUCCAGAAAACUGGAUCUUUUAAGAUUCGUGGUGCCCUUAAUGCAAUCAGAGGCUUGAUUUCUGCCCAUCCAGAAGAGAAGCCCAGAGCUGUUGUUACUCACAGCAGUGGAAACCAUGGCCAGGCUCUCUCCUUUGCUGCCAGAUUAGAAGGGAUUCCUGCUUAUAUCAUAGUGCCAGAAACAGCUCCCAACUGUAAAAAACUGGCAAUACAAGCCUAUGGAGCCUCUAUUGUAUACGGUGAACAAAGUGAAGAGUCCAGAGAAAAUAUGACAAAAAGAAUUGUGGAAGAAACAGAAGGCAUUAUGGUACAUCCCAACCAGGAGCCUGCAGUGAUAGCCGGGCAAGGGACAAUUGCCAUGGAAGUGCUACACCAGGUUCCCUUGGUAGAUGCACUGGUGGUACCUGUAGGAGGAGGAGGAAUGCUUGCUGGAAUAGCUAUUACAGUGAAGGCUCUGAGACCUAGUGUGAAGGUAUAUGCUGCUGAACCCUUGAAUGCAGAUGACUGCUACCAGUCCAAACUGAAAGGGGAACUGACCCCCAACCCCUAUCCUCCAGAAACCAUAGCAGAUGGUAUCAAAUCCAGCAUUGGCUUAAACACCUGGCCUAUUAUAAGGGACCUCGUGGAUGAUGUCUUCACUGUCACAGAGGAUGAAAUUAAGUAUGCAACCCAGCUGGUGUGGGAGAGGAUGAAAUUGCUUAUUGAACCUACAGCGGGUGUUGGAGUGGCCGCUGUGCUGUCUCAGCAUUUUCAAACAGUUCCCGCAGAAGUCAAGAACAUCUGUAUUGUGCUCAGUGGUGGAAAUGUAGACUUAACCUCCCUAACCUGGGUGAAGAAGCAGGAUGAAAAGGCAGCUCCCUAGCAAUCUGUUUCUGUUUAAAAUGUGCAAAAGGAAGAAAAGGGACUCAAGUGUCUAGACACUUGGAAAUUU